CCAACAAAUAUGAAUUAUCCUAUGACUCUGCUUCUGUUUUUCGCCACACGAUUUUCUCUUUUUCAUUUUGUGUCCAACACGAUAUCAUUGUCUUCACUUUUCUCUUUAAUCCCCUAUCUUGUUUCAGCCCAAGGAUCGGAGCCAUGCUCCUUCAUUUCCCUCCUGCUUCUUCUACUUCUCCACCUUCCCCUUCUUCUUUCACCUCCAAUUAUUUCCUCCACAGAUUAUCAAUUUCCAGACCACCGUACUUGGAGUUCCCAUUAAAACCCAGAACCCAUCUCUUUAAGCCUACCUCUCCUCCCGUUUCUUACUCGACCAAGACCAAGUUGUUGUAUCCUUCUGCCAACAGGGCUGAUUUCAGGUCAUACGCUCUUCCUGGAUUUGAUUUCGGGAGCGUUGAAUCUGUGUUGGAGGCCGCUGGCGUUUUGACUGCCAUCAUUGUUGUUCAUGAGACGGGUCACUUCCUCGCUGCUUAUCUCCAGGGAAUCCGUGUAAGUAAAUUUGCGGUUGGUUUUGGUCCAAUUUUAGCCAAGUUCAAUGCCAACGAUGUAGAAUAUUCUAUUAGAGCUUUCCCAUUGGGUGGAUUUGUGGGGUUCCCUGAUAAUGAUCCGGACAGUGAUAUUCCUGACGACGAUGCCAAUUUGCUUAAGAACAGACCCAUAUUAGAUAGGGUUAUCGUCAUCUCUGCUGGUGUUGUCGCCAAUAUCAUUUUUGCGUACGCUAUCAUAUUCACUCAAGUCUUGUCAGUUGGAUUGCCAGUGCAAGAGCCAUUCUCCGGGGUGCUCGUUCCUGAUGUCAGACCCUUUUCAGCUGCUUCCCGGGAUGGCCUUCUUCCCGGCGAUGUUAUCCUUGCUAUUAAUGGUAUUCAAUUGCCAGAAACUGGGCCUCGCGUGGUUUCUCAGGUUGUUGACGUUAUAAAGAAAAAUCCCAAAAGAAAUGUGUUUCUAAAGGUUGAGAGGGGAAAGCAGGAUUUUGAAAUUGGGGUCACUCCUGAUGAGAACGUUGAUGGAACUGGAAAAAUUGGAGUCCAGUUAUCACCAAACAUAAAAAUAACAAAAUUGAGACCCAAUAAUAUCUUUGAGGCCUUCAAUUAUGCUGGAAAAGAAUUCUGGGGUCUCACAUAUAAUGUUUUGGAUAGCUUGAAGCAGACUUUUAUGAAUUUUUCACAAUCAGCAAGCAAAGUGUCAGGUCCUGUAGCCAUUAUUGCUGUGGGUGCUGAAGUUGCAAGGUCCACUGUGGAUGGGCUAUAUGAGUUCGCUGCUCUACUAAAUCUUAAUCUUGCAGUGAUUAACCUUCUCCCUUUACCUGCACUGGAUGGGGGUUCACUGGCCCUGGUACUUUUAGAAGCAGCUAGAGGCGGGAGGAAGCUUCCUCUAGAACUGGAGCAGCGGAUUAUGUCAUCUGGUAUCAUGUUUGUUUUACUCCUUGGCUUGUUUCUUAUUGUGAGAGACACACUAAACCUUGAGUUCAUUAAGGACUUGUUAUGAUUAUCGAAUACCUUUUUGAAGUUUGGACGUCGCUUGGGUUGAAGAUUGAGUGGGAUGAAUCCCAUCCAUGCCUAUGAUGAUGUCUUGGAAAGAAGAUGAAUUUGGUUUAUAAGACGCUUGCAUAAUUAUUCUUGCUUCUGCAAAAGCUGCUAUUUUUGCAGGUACUUGUAACUUAUUGGCGUUACGUUUGAUUCCAUGAAGAUUUCUAUAUUCCCCCACACUGUUAAGAUUUGUUUGAAGAUAGACUUCAAGAGCUUGUUUCUAUCACAUGAUAACGUCAUUGAGGUUUACAUACCAAUUAAAUAUAAUUUCAUGGUAAGAGUAGAAA